AACACAAAAACUUGCCUCGUUCUUCCUUUCGAGAUCGUGUAGUUCUCUACACUACUCCUACCGUUACAUCUGUCUUGAUGGCGAUCGUCUUCUGGCGGCUCUCGUUCUACCAAGCUCAAGUGCGUGAGCUGCAACAGCACGUCAAACUUUCAGACGCGACGGCCGAUCUAAAGCAUUCGGAAAACAGCAAGUACAUUGAUUCGCCUGUCGAAAAAUUGCUUUCGCGAUACGCAAGGGCAACGGGGAAUGACAAGGGUACGGAUAGCUUGCAAACGCUCAACGACUAUUUUCUUAGAAUUGCAGAGCAGCAGUUGAAAGAAUCGUUGAAGGCACGUUGUGUUGACAAUGAACGUUUGUGUGUGCAAGGACCUAAAGGGAGCUUGGGUUCGAGGGGACAUGUUGGAUUACCUGGUUCUCCAGGCAGUAAAGGCGACAAAGGAGAUCGAGGAGUCGUCGGCGCUCAAGGUUUAGAAGGUACAAAAGGCUCCAAAGGCGAACCUGGCGCAAGAGGAGCGAGUAUUGACCCUCCCGUUAUCACCAAACAACCAAGCGCUGUUGUAUCUCUGGAGUCUGAAGCAGUCGAAUUUCAUUGCGAAGCCGAAGGUUUUCCGACGCCUAAAAUACGAUGGCUAAAGCUUGACUCUACCCUGCCACGGUCUCGAGCCACAAUAUCUCUAAAUGACACACUACGGAUAACAAAUAUUCAUCGUCAUGACGCAGGAACAUACGUCUGUUUGGCUGAGAAUAUUUUUGGUUUUGCAAGAGGAUUUGCAACAUUGAUUGUUCAAGUUCCUGUCAAGUUUACCGUUGUUCCGCCGUCAGUGGUGACUGUACAACAAGGACAAAAUAUUAAACUGCAGUGUUUAGCUACAGGUUAUCCUUCUCCGAUUAUCACUUGGUCGCGAAUUGAUGGAGCUUUGGAGUCUGGCAAAGUGAACGCCAAUGGCAGUCUGGUGUUAGAAAAUGUAAAGAAAGGCGACAGCGGGCAAUAUAUGUGUACUGCAAAAAAUGCUUUAGGAAAGAAAACUUACUCAUUUUCGGUAGAUAUGCAAUUAAAAGAUAAAGAUUCGUCAACAGGACCGUCCGCAAGAGUUGAAGUUGAAUACAGUGAUGAUGCAAAUCUUAGGUGUGCCUUGUGUGUUAUUCCAGGAUUCUCUAUUACAUGGCAAAAACUGAACAAGGAAAUAGCAACAGAUAGAGUGGAAGUAACAAAGUGUUCGAUUAUUAUCAGAAACGUGACUCGAGAUGAUGCGGGAAAUUAUUCUUGCAUUGGAAAAUCAGAAAGUAGUUUCUCGUCGGCUAUUCUGAGACAAGAUGUGUCACUUGUUGUAAAAGCUGCAGCUCGUAUAACAAGCCAUUUUUCUGCUCUGAUGAUUUUGGGACAAGGAGGAAAUGUAGACCUACAAUGUACUGGUGUUGGUCCUCCUGCUCCUCAGGUUUAUUGGACAAAAGGAUCUGUUCGCUUAGAAAGUGAAGAUAAAGGAAUGUUACGUCUGACAAACGUGUCUCAGAAUGAUAGCGACGUGUACCGCUGCCAUGCUGUCAACUACUUGGGACGAGACGUAAAAGAAACAAGGAUGGUUCUUACAGAGAUAAAAUUUGUUCAUCGUCCUCCUGCUACUGUUGUCGUGUCGGCUUCUGCCACUAUAGUAAUCAACUGCACUGCUGAGAUAGCGCCUGGAAUACCCACAUCUACUCGAUGGGAAUUUGGACUAGGACGGUGCAGAUCGGGUUCGGCCAAGAAAACCGUUUUAUCCAACGGCACGCUAGUUAUACGAGAUGUGACCGAAUGGGAUAGUGAUACUUAUGUAUGCUACGCCGGUAACAAUUGGAUUUCAGCGAAAGUACAAGUGAGGGUGGCAGUGAAUAUGAAUUGGAUGCUGACAAGUGACUCCUGUAAAGGAUUUCGUCAGUCUACCUACAACAGAUCUGUUUAUUAUGCGGUGUCUUCGUCUACAACGUGGAACAAGUCUAAAUACUAUCAUUGUCCUGUAGGAUAUUAUUGGCCAUGCACUGAAGAGGGACGAAAGAUAUUCAAUGAUAACAACUGGUCAGGGUCAUAUGUGUACUACAGUCGAUGUGGAUGGAGUGGUUAUACCUACGGUGGAGGAUAUAGACAGCACUUUAGGUUUCGUGAUUCGUCAUCAACGAAUGCGUACAAGCAUGUUAGACAUUAUGAUGCAUACGAAGUCCAGACCACCAGCUCUACCUCUCCAUUUGCCGGCAUUAUUUGCGUAAAAGACUAGAGAAUAAUGUUUCUCGCAAGUUAAGUUGCCACAACACUGCAUAACACAGGCAAGCUAUAGAUUGCCUUUCUAUACGCUUGCAACCUUGAAAUGGAACAAUUAUUCGAGACUUGCAGCUAAUGUGUGUAUUCAUCUGGAGUUAAACUUUUCUGUCUUAAAGUUUACUUGUCGAAUAAUGUGACGGUAGCUUUACGUUGCAACUAUUUGGUACAAAUUAAUGGUCAUCACAU